AUGAAGAUCUCGCUGGCUUUAUUGGUCUACGCAGUGGCAUCCGGCGUGGCGGUGCCGCUCCAAGACACCCUGAACGCUCGAUUGUUCCCGCGGAACAAGGACGCGCUUCCAGUUUCCACGGAAACCGGGAUUGUCACCGGCAAGGACGCGACGAAUCAGCCGGCAAAAAAGCAAUCAGAGAAGACUGACAGUGGAACGAAAGAGUCGAAAUCCUCGUGGCUAGCCUCGAUUCCGAGCCAGGAUAAUAAUCGAGCGGAAGGCAAGCCUGACGUUCUGCGGUCGUUGAAGCAGUCCAACGAAGGCAGAGACAAAGUGGCCAAGAAGAAUCGAAGGCAUAAAGCCAUUUUCGUCAAUUACCCGAUCGUGCAGCAGCUCCCGUACCCCGACGUUCCGUACGACGUCGACUACGGUAAUAACAACUUCGACAACGAGGAUGAAACGGUGACCGACGCGGACAACUUCCAGGAAAGCAACAUCUUCUACAUCAGGCUGCCGCCCACGCCGUACAUGUUCGUCCCGGGUUUAGGCUACAUCUCUCAGCCGCCCACUUACUCCACCUCCAGCCUUCGACGACCUCACGUCCCGUUCGCGAAGCCUGGAAGGCCGAAACCGUCGUUCCAGCAGCCCGUUAACCCGUUCAUCAAGCUGCCCAUCGAUUUCGUGAGCAACGGGAAACCGACGUCGGUGUACCAAUGGCAGAAGAAGACGAGCAAGAAACCGACCGACAGCCCGAUCACGAAUCUCGACAGUUUGUCAGCCGAAUUCGUGAGCAACGGCAAACCGACCACGGUUUAUCAGUGGCAGAGCAAUCUGAAACCGGCCAAGAAGCCGGACGAUUUGGUCAACAACCUGGACAAGGGUCCGUACACCUUCAAUGGCAAGCCUACCAGUUUCUUCCUGCUAAAAAAAACCCGACGGUACAGCCGCCUCUCGUCAGAGUCUUCGGUACCCCGACUACGGCCAGGAUAA